AUUUUUUUAGGAUUUGAAAAAAUUGGUUCUUUUCUAAUUUUAAAAUUAAUUAAGUUUUAUUAAACAAAAACCAAAACAACGCCUAAUGAAUAACUUCGUAUCUAUUCCGUACGCACGCACGCACGCACGCACACAGAGAUUAAAUUUCCCCAUCACGUCGUUGAUCCUGAGUAAUGACAAGUGCGAAUCUGAUGGACACUUUAAAAUCAAAUUCGAGUUACCUCAAACCCCCUGAUAAAAGUAUAAUUUUUCAUUUAUACGUAGUUUUGAAUUUUGUCCAGUUUUUGUCGGGUUUCGGCCCACUGUGCACCGCACAAGGUAGUGUGUGAGGAGGCCACUCGCAGGGAUGUACCGGACGGGAUCGUGGAGUGGAUCAGAGGCAUGCUCGGACGACAGGUACAAGGUAGGCCGGGUAGAAGAGCCGAUCUUUGGAGGAACAAAUCUAAUCCCAACAAAGUCGAUUAAAUAUCUAAGAGUGAUCCUGGAUAGGAACCUGACAUGGAGGGAACAUCUUGAGAACCACUGUAAGAGCGUGUGUUCUUAUCUCUGGAUGUGUAGAACAUUCGGUCAGACAUGAGAUUUGAAACCGAAAAUAGUCUAUUGGAUCUACACGGCGAUACUUAGCCCCAGGCUGUUAUAUGCGUCUAUCGUGUGGUGGCAGAGGAUGCUAAAGAAAACUAUCAACUGGCACUGGAGCAUGUUAAAGCUCUGGUUUUGAGAGGGGCUUUGGGAGUCAUGCGGAUCACGUCGGUAGCGCCGAUGAGAAUGCUGCUUGGCGUUGAACCACUUAAUCAGACGGUGGUAGUUGCUACGGCGGUGGCGGACUAUCGCCUAAGGUGUAAAUCGAGGUGGAAGGUAAGAGCCUGGCACACAAAACUUCCCGGAGACAUACUGUCAGAUUCCAUUUUUGUAAUAGGAUAAAACAGUAUGCCCGUGAUUCGUGCUUUCUAAAGGAAAUACAGGAUAAGCUUUACCGGCAGGUGCGGAGUGGGACGGUUUCAAGGAACCCGUUCCCCGGGACGGGGACGUCUGGUUUACGGAUAACUCCAAAACGAGCAUGAGUUCUAAUCGCGGCUGGAACUGCAGGUGUGUACUGGACGAGCUGGCAAAGUACAACGAUGUUGGCCUGGUAUCGGUCUCCGGACAUUCAAGAAUCAAGGACAACAAAACGGCCGAUCUAUUUACCAAGGAGGCGGCAGGAACAGGUUGCUGGAAUCGGGACCGACAGUUGGGGGUCUUCUAUCUAAGCAGGAGGAGGAACAAGAACUGGCUCCGGGACCAGCACCUGAAGUACUGGAGAAAGGAAACAAAGAUCAAAUGCAAACAAGUCAGAGUCCUGUUGGGGGAAUGUCUCGAUAAAGGCCUACUUAGAAGCAUAAGAUCUUUAAGCAAAACGGACACCAGGCACGUAACGCAGUUGCUGACGGGCCUUAAUUACCAUCUGCAUAAGUUGGACCGUAGCGAUACGCCCGAUUGUAGAUAUAGUUGUGUGACAAAGAGGAGAAAACUAACCUCCAUAUCCUUCGGUAUUGUCCACUGGUCGGAACAAAAAUACGGAUCAGAUAUUCUGGGAUCAGAUAUUCUGGAACUAGAUCAGAUGGGAUAGUUACCCGUAAAGGACUUGUUCCAAAAGAACAAUUCAAAAGAACAAUCUGACGCUUUUGGAAGAAAGCGAUGCCCCUCUAAGAAAAGUUGAUAAACGGGGAGACACAAUGAACUCGGUCUGAGGUACCAGA